AAUUUGUCAUAUGACUUUGUAACUAACUAGCUGUCGCUUGGGCGCCUUUGGUACAGUACCGUUUACAAUUUCAUUUAUUUAAUUUAAUUGAACUAUGGCGACACUGGUAGAAAAUCGAAACAUGGAACUCAACGGACCUGAAGCUGCAGCCCGUCAGCACGCACAGGCUGUGACCAGAAACUACAUCUCACAACCAAGGCUGACAUACUCCACUGUGUCGGGGGUUAAUGGACCUUUGGUGAUUCUUGAUAAUGUGAAGUUCCCCAGGUACGCUGAGAUCGUGCACUUGACCUUACCUGAUGGCACCAAGCGGAGCGGCCAGGUGCUGGAGGUGAUCGGGAGCAAGGCUGUGGUCCAGGUAUUUGAGGGGACGUCUGGGAUUGAUGCCAAGAAGACUGCCUGUGAGUUCACCGGUGACAUCAUGCGCACCCCUGUGUCCGAGGAUAUGCUGGGGCGCGUUUUCAAUGGCUCGGGAAAGCCCAUCGACCGGGGUCCGAUCGUGCUGGCGGAGGACUACCUGGACAUCAUGGGUCAGCCAAUCAACCCACAGUGCCGUAUCUACCCGGAGGAGAUGAUCCAGACUGGGAUCUCUGCCAUUGACGGGAUGAACAGCAUCGCCCGAGGCCAGAAGAUCCCCAUCUUCUCCGCUGCCGGCCUCCCCCACAACGAGAUUGCAGCGCAGAUCUGUCGUCAAGCCGGGCUGGUGCAGAAGUCCAAAGACGUGAUGGACUACAGCGCCGAGAACUUCGCCAUCGUCUUCGCCGCCAUGGGCGUGAACAUGGAAACUGCCCGCUUCUUCAAGUCUGAUUUUGAGGAGAAUGGCUCCAUGGACAACGUGUGCCUGUUCUUGAACCUGGCCAACGACCCCACUAUUGAACGCAUCAUCACCCCUCGCCUGGCUCUAACCACUGCUGAGUAUCUGGCCUACCAAUGUGAGAAGCACGUGCUGGUCAUCCUCACAGACAUGAGCUCCUAUGCUGAAGCCCUGCGAGAGGUGUCCGCUGCCCGAGAGGAGGUCCCGGGACGGCGGGGGUUCCCCGGCUACAUGUACACCGACCUGGCCACCAUCUACGAGCGCGCCGGGCGCGUGGAGGGCAGGAACGGCUCCAUCACCCAGAUCCCCAUCCUGACGAUGCCCAACGACGACAUCACCCAUCCCAUCCCUGACUUGACGGGAUACAUCACUGAGGGCCAGGUCUAUGUGGAGCGACAGCUGCAUAACAGACAGAUCUACCCUCCUAUCAACGUGCUGCCCUCCCUUUCUCGACUCAUGAAGUCCGCCAUCGGGGAAGGGAUGACUCGUAAAGAUCACGCCGAAGUCUCCAACCAGCUGUACGCCUGCUACGCCAUCGGAAAAGACGUCCAGGCCAUGAAGGCUGUGGUCGGAGAAGAGGCGCUCACCUCGGACGACCUGCUCUACCUGGAGUUCCUGCAUAAGUUUGAGAAGAACUUCAUCGCUCAAGGUCCCUAUGACAACAGGACUGUGUAUGAAACCCUGGACAUCGGCUGGCAGCUUCUCCGAAUCUUCCCCAAAGAAAUGCUGAAACGAAUCCCGCAGAGCACCCUGGCCGAGUUCUACCCAAGGGAGUCCACCGCCCGCCACUGAGGCAUGCUGGGAGCCGGCCAACCACCCAAUGGGGCUCCCCCUGUUAGGGAACAGAGCAAUAUCCUCUGUCCAUUCCCUCUGUAGAUGUACUGUAUCGUGUCCUGUUUCAAAGAUAGUGCGUGGGGUUAGCCACCAUUGUGUGUGUGUGUGUGUGACAUGAUAUUUUUCAGGUUGUAAACUUUACCUUUAAACCACCGGACAAUCCUGAUAACUUUAUUGAGGUAUUAUUUGAAUGCUGGAGGGAACUUUCAUUGUCCCCCACCAAAUAAAUGUGCAAUUUUAAAGGGAAUUAAUAUAUAUAUUUUCACUUCUUCUGCUUUGAUGGAUAAUGUCCUGCUGAUUUAAAUUUAAAUGUUUUAUGCAACAUUUAGGUUUUUUUUUUGUUCUUUUGUUUUGCUCAUACCACCCACAAUUCGUACACACAAAUAAUGCAUACUUUAAAAAAUCGAAAGCAUGUAUUGUUUUGCUAAAGUACUAUUAUAAUGUUCCACAAGGUCUGUUUUGAGAAAUUACUGCCGUCCAUUGCUUUCAUAUUUAAGUUGGAAAAAUAGCAAUCUUCGAGAUUGAAAAGCAACUAAAGUAUUUCCAUUACCUUCUAUGUAAAAUCGGAUAAUUUGUUCUUUUUUAAUAUAUAUAAAGAAUAAGCAAAAAGGACUAUUGUAGUAUUUAACAGAUUACAUGGAACAUAGAAGGAAUUGCAUUUUGUGAGCAGUGUGUUGUGGCGGAAUUGCGGCUGUUGUGUGUUGCCGUUAUUUUGUCUUUAACCUCAUCUCUUUUGACUGUUGUUGCUGGAAACCAAUGUGUGUGUGUGUUUAGACGUAAUUAAGAAAUGUUUACAAUACGUGUUAUAGUUUAUCUAGUGUGUGUUGUAAACUCAUUACUAAGCAUUCCUCUGUGUCCUCGCUAAUUUUGUCAUUCCGUCUACCUAUGUUGAUUCAGUUCAUUGUCCCUUAAUAAAAUUUGAUUUACUGUA